CUAGCCUGCGGUGGGUCGCACUUCUGGGUGUGUGUGAGUGAGUAGAUCCCUCUGCUGCUUCCAGCAGUUGCUAAUAGCUUAUCGGUAUGCUUUCCCACUCCAGAUGUUUUUCCCGGGCCCUAGGACGCUCUCUCUCUGCUAUAAGCCAGGGGAACAAUGUGUUGGGACGGAGGAUGGUGUCAAGCCUUUCCACCUGCUGUCGGGUUGCCUCCCGUCACCCGGAGUUUGACACCAGAAGAAGCGUCUUCCACAUCAGGUUCUUGAAGACCUCUUCAGCCUGCCGGAACGAAGUUGUGACUGUUAACACACCAGCGUUCGCGGAGUCCGUCUCGGAAGGAGAUGUGAGGUGGGAGAAAGCUGUUGGGGACACUGUCGCUGAGGAUGAAGUUGUGUGUGAAAUUGAGACCGAUAAGACUUCUGUACAGGUGCCCUCCCCUGCUGCCGGUGUGAUCGAGGCUCUCCUGGUGCCAGAUGGGGAGAGAGUGGAAGGCGGAACGCCGCUCUUCAAACUGCGGAAAGGAGCCGGUGCUCCCAAACCUGCUGAUGUGCCAGAGCCCUCCGUGCCCAAAGAGGAGGCCCCUGCAGCCGCACCUCCUCCACCUCCACCGCCCUCCACCCCCACCCCCAGCCCCAUUCCCGCCAGCCUGCCGCCAGUGCCCCCUGUGCCUGGACACGCUUCCGAUGCCAAACCAGUUUCUGCCGUCAAACCUACACCAGCCCCUGCGCCCCCUGCUUCCCAAGCAGCAGCCAAAGGGACCCGGUCAGAGAGCAGGGUGAAGAUGAACCGCAUGAGACUAAGAAUCGCCCAGAGGCUGAAGGAGGCGCAGAACACCUGUGCAAUGCUGACCACCUUCAACGAGAUCGACAUGAGCAACAUCCAGGAGAUGAGGACGCUGCACAAAGAGGCUUUCCUGAAGAAACACGGCUUGAAGCUGGGCUUCAUGUCCGCCUUCGUCAAAGCCGCGGCCCACGCCCUCAGCGAGCAGCCUGCUGUCAACGCUGUCAUUGAUGACACAACCAAGGAGAUUGUAUACAGGGAAUAUGUCGACAUUAGCGUGGCUGUAGCGACACCCAAGGGACUUGUGGUACCAGUGAUCCGAGGAGUGGAGACCAUGAACUUUGCUGACAUUGAGAGAACCAUCUCAGAGCUUGGAGAGAAGGCCCGUAAAAACGAACUGGCCGUAGAGGACAUGGACGGAGGGACCUUCACCAUCAGCAACGGGGGCGUGUUCGGGUCCAUGUUCGGCACGCCGAUCAUCAACCCCCCCCAGUCCGCCAUCCUCGGCAUGCACGGGAUUUUCGAGCGGCCAGUGGCCAUCGGCGGCAAGGUGGAGAUCCGUCCCAUGAUGUACGUGGCUUUGACGUACGACCACCGCCUGAUCGAUGGCCGAGAGGCGGUGACUUUCCUUCGCAAGAUCAAGUCUGCGGUGGAGGACCCCCGCGUCCUGCUCCUGGACAUGUGACCCGUGACUCCGUCCUCCGAGGGCAACAGGAACCGGAUGUUCAUCUAAACAUCUGCCCUAACGCUAUAAACGACUGUACCCCUCAGAUCCUGGCUUCACUUGAUAUAUUAAAUUGCUUUUAAACAGAGAAAAGAGAGGGGAAUGCUCAUUUUCAGGUGAGGAAAGUGGCCCUGCUGGGCAGGUUCCUAUAGCAGGCUUGUUGAUGCUAAUGUUCAGCUCAGGCUAGGCUUUCAGUGGGACAGCUUCUGUCCAGACCUGGGUCAAAAAUGGUUUUGUUUUGGAUUCAAAUACUUUUUCUAUGCUUUACUGAGCUUGUCUGGUGUAUUAGAACCUAUGAAAUGCAAACCCUGCCUUCUGGUCCUGGCUGGCUCAAAUUGCACCAGGGAAGAUCAAUGGCGCACAGAAAAGUAUUUGAAUCCAAAAACUAUUCAGCAUUUGACCCAGGUCUGGUUUUGUGUGAGGAGGUGGCUGACCCACCUUGCAGUAGUUUUCUUGAUUGCUUGUCUGUAGUUCUCAUGCUCAUUGAGAUUUUCAAAUGUAUAUGGCAGAAAUUGCAUUUCUAAUAGCGUAUAACCACUGCCUAAUAGCUGUAUAACAUAUGAGAACAUAUGAGACAUUGCAAUACCAGGAACACUACUUAGUCAUUUUACUUUAUAUAUUCAUAAUUGUUGGAAUACUUUUCGAGAUGCACAAUUGCCAAUGUCUUACAUGAGAAAUCCCAUUCAUUGACCAUUCUGGGAACAGUGGUUCUGUCUGUGCUGUACAAAACAUGUAACUACCUAGUAGCUGUGUAACAUUUCAGAACAGACAUUGCAAUACCAGGAAUAUUUAGUGAUUUUACUUUUUCAUAUACUUGGGCACAACAUAUUCCAAAUUGUUGGAAGUAUUUUCGAGAUGCACAAUCGCCAAUGUCUUACAUGAGAAAUCCUAUUCAUUGACCAUUCUGGGAACAGUGGUUUUGUCUGUGCUGUACAAAACAUGCAACUAUUUAAGAAAAACUUUUAAACAUUAAAAAAGUUAAUCUUU